AUGGCGCCGCACGAGCGGCGCGCCGUGGCCCAGCGCGCCGCCUUUGCUGGGGAGCUGAGCGUCCUGCGCUUUGCGGCGGCUGCGGGCUGCCCGCUCGACGCGACGAUCUGCGAGGAGGCGGCGCGCGGCGGCCACGUGGACGUGCUGCGCGCCGUGCGCAGCGCGGGCUGCCCCUGGGACCGCCGCACCUGCCGCGCCGCCGUCAUGGGCGACCACAUUGGCGCGCUGCAGUACGCCCUCGCAAACGGCUGCGAGCGCGACAGCGGCGCUUGCCUCUUGGCGGCAGAGCUCGGCAACGUCGAGGCGCUGCGUGCGCUGCGGGCGCGCGGCUGCCCCUGGGACCGGGAUCUGUGCCGAUACCACGCGGAUCAGCGCUCGCAUGACGGCGUUGUUGACUUCAUCGACUGCCAGCGCUGA